AUGUUGACGGCAGAAUUCAGCAAUUCAGCUGGUAAUGAAGCCACUUCGCGUGGCAAUAUUGAUCCGGAUUUUAUGCAACUCCAAUCUUCAGAUCACCUUGGGAUGGUGAUGGUGUCUGCCGUACUUACAAGCAACAAUUAUUUUGCUUGGAGCCGUGCUGUUAAAAGAGCACUCACAGCAAAAAUGAAAAUAGACUUCGUUGAUGGAACAGUAGUGCGACCAGCUGCAAACACAGCUGAGUUUAACAGAUGGAAUCGCAUAGAUUCCGUGGUCACUACCUGUAUUUUGAAUUGUAUUAAAAAAUAUUUAGCACAAUCCUUCAUGUAUGUAGGAUCUGCUCGAGAGCUUUGGAUUGAGCUAGAAGCUCGCUAUGGGGAAAGCCACAACCCCAUGAUCUAUCAGCUGCAAAGGGAAAUUAGAGAAAUUACACAAGAAAACAUGUCUGUAACUGAGUAUUAUACUAAAUUGAAGCGACUGUGGGACGAGCUUAUGUGCUUGGCACCAGCACCAAAAUGCAUAUGUACAGGUUGUACAUGUGGAGUGAAUAAAGCCAUGGCAGAAAUGAGUGCAUCGAAUCACUUGAUACAGUUUUUGGUUGGUCUGAAUAAUGUAUAUGACCAAGCUAGAAGCUAG